UAAUUUAAUUGAUUUUGUUUGAUAGACUCGUCACAAUGAAGACCAUCGCUCUCGCUCUUGUUGUUAUGCUGGUGGGCGCCAGCGCGGUGCCUGAAUUCGAGACCACCGAGUUGAAGAACCCCAGAAUCAUAGACGACCUUGUCCGCGGCGUGUUGGAAGCAGUGAUCGAGUUGGCCGCAGCGGCCGAUCCUUACGUCGUCGAAUCCGCAUCCGGUGACUACACUUUCCCCGUUCCUGGAGUAUUCACUGCUGUUGCGUCCGUUGAGAACUUUAAGGCUUCCGGAUUCGGUAACAUCGAAAUCGUCGAUGUCUCAUUCAGCGGUAGCACGCUCCGUGUGGAACUCCGUCUCGCCGGUGUCGAAGCAUCUGUUGACAGUGGAUCUGCCGAAGUGAAAAUCUUCAGCCGCACCAUCACCGGUGCAAUCAGUGGAAGCUUGGCAGUUAGUGACGUCCGCGUAGCUGUCGUAGCUCAGCUCGGCCUUACCGGAUACCUGGUCGACGACUUGGAACUUGACUUCAGCGUUGGUGGUUUACAAUCCGACCUUAACAUCCGUAUUAACGAGUGGGAGCUCUCUGACCGCAUCAACAACUGGAUCAACGUCACCCUGCCAGCAGCCCUCGAGAAAUAUUCAGAACAAGUUAACCGUCUCGUCGCCAGAAUUGCCCUGUGGGUUCUGGGUCGUCUGUUCUAAGUCAAUUAAUCCUUCUGGAGACAUGAAUACAUGAAUUUGUAAAGUUAUGAUCGAGUAAAUUGUACAGUAAUAUUGUAUAAACUAUACCUGUGUUAAUAAAACUUUCUCAAACAG